AUGGCAUAGCUCGCAUAGGCUACAGGACGCCUGCUCCUUAAUGCUUAAGAGAUGGUUUCUCCAUAACAUAGCUCAACAUCUAUUCAUGUCAUACGCAUAGCCUAAUUCUAAAAUUCAGAAUGGGUGGUGGGUUCGAGCCCCGCUCGGAGCGAGUGCGAGAAGCGUUAGAAAGAACCCGGGAGAGAGAGGUUAGGCUGUGCGUAUGUUUCUCAUAGGCGAAACCUAUAGCUACAUUUCCUACAGACGCGGAUGAUUCAGCCGUUUUAGAUACACGGCUGCGCCUCUUGCUUUUCUUGUCUCUUUCAGCGUAUUCGAAUUCAGCAUAUAAUUCAGAUACAAAUCAUCAUCAGUGUUAAAGUCUUUAUUUAAAAGUCGCUGUUUCUCUCUGUUAGUCGGCUCACGCUGCGGCUCAGACAGAGAGCACUGACAAACAGAGAGGAAAGGACAUUAAUAACAUUAUAUUCAACUCUACAUCAAGAUGAACAGGGCACUUGAACUCUCUCUUUUCACAUGUUUCGUGAUUGGUGUGUUUGGUGAUGUAGAUGAAGUGGUGUCAGUGUCAGUGAUGGAGGGAGAUUCUGUCACUCUACGCUCUGAUGUUACUGAUGUACAUGAUGUGAUCGAGUGGAGGUUUCAAGGAUUUCUCAUUGCUAGAGUCAACAGGGAGUCUAAUAAGGUCUCAAAAAAGAUUACUUAUUAUGGAGGGUUCAAAGACAGACUGGAGCUGGACAAUCAGAGUGGAGAUCUCAAAAUUAAAAAUAUCAGAAACACAGACACUGGAGAAUAUAAACUAAAGAUUACCAGCACAGAAUCAUCCUCAAAGAUCUUCAACAUCACUGUUGUGUCUGAUCCUCGGUCUGACGGAGUGACGGUUGUGUCAGUGAUGAAGGGAGAUUCGGUUGUCCUACACACUGGUGUUCCUAAAAUACAGAAUGACGAUGAGAUACUAUGGAGAUUUAGAGAUAAAGAUGUUAUUGCUAAAAUGAAGAAAGAUGAACACAUCUUCUCUACAUAUGAUCAUAUUGCUGAUGGUAUAUUCAGAAGCAGACUGCACCUGAAUCUUCAGACUGGAGAUAUCAUCAUCAGGGACAUCAGAAACAGCACUUCUGGACUUUAUGAAGUUGAUUUCAAGAAGAGCAGCUACACCACACACAAGUCAUUCAAUGUUAUUGUCAGUGAUCAGCUGAACAGAGUGCAAGUGAAGGAGGGAGUUUUUGUCACUUUGGGAUCUGGUCUUACUAAUGUAGAAGGAGAUGAUCUGGUUCAAUGGAGAUUUGAACAUGAAGACCAUGUCAUAGCAAAAAUCAACAAAUCAGCUUCAUCAUCCUCUACAUUUGAUGGGGCUACUGGAAGAUUCAGAGGCAGACUGGAGCUGGAUGGUGAAACUGGAUCUCUGACCAUCAGAAAGAUCGCAUCUGAACACAGUGGACUCUAUCACCUCGAUAUCACUGGCAGCAAACACGCCAUAUUCAAGAAAUUCAUUGUUUUUGUCUGUGCUGUUACAGAUCCAGGUCUGUCUCCAGCUGCUGUAGCAGGGAUUGUUGUUGGUGUUGGUGUUUUUCUGCUCGUGGUUGCAGCUGCGAUUUACUAUUACCACUGGAGAAGAAAUGGCAAGUAUCACCUAUAUCUUAAAGCAAAAGGAAAACAUUUCUAUUUUGCUAAAUUAGCAUUUAACUGUGUGUAAUUGAUUUUUAAAUUAGCCACGGGAAGAAAUGGAGUUCCUGCAGCUCAAUAGAAAUUCCAAGAGUGUGUUUGCUGACAAGAGCAUCCCAAUGGAAAAGAAAAAUUAAAACAGCUAGGGCAAAGGUUUGCUUUUGACAUUGGAGAAGACAUAAGAGCAGAGUACCCCCUCCACAUCUCUGUGUCAUCUAAACUCUUAAUUUAUAGCUUAUGGUAACCUACUUAUUUAUAACUUAUUAUUUAUAUUUAUAAUUCAUAAACAGUUUUUUUAAUGUUUGUAGGCUCUCUUUCACAGAUAAUAAUUACACAAUUUAGAUUUUGUGAACCAACGACACUACAGCAGCAUCAGAGCACUGGGUGUCUUAAUCAUGCUUAACUUUAUUUUAAUGUUAAUCGAAUUGGACCCAGGAUUAUUAUGAAAGAAAACUCUGCUGUUGCUAAUGAAACUUUCAAGCGCAUCUGAUUGACAGAAAAACCACAUGUUCUUAUAGUUUAAUAACAUUAAGUUAAAGUUAAGAAGUGAAAGUGACGUGACAUUCAGCCAAGUAUGGUGACCCAUACUCAGAAUUCGUGCUCUGCAUUUAACCCAUCCAAAGUGCACACACACACGCCCACAGCAGUGGGCAGCCAUUUAUGCUGCGGCGCCCGGGGAGCAGUUGGGGGUUCGAUGGCUUGCUCAAGAACUGUACAUGCACUCCCCCCACCUACAAUUCCUGCCGGCCCGAGACUCGAACUCACAACCCAUACAUUGGGAGUCCGACUCUCUAACCAUUAGGCCACGACUUCCCCAAAAGACUGUCCGCGGCGAUCCAAGGCCACACUACAGAGCACCGCUCACAUAGUUUACUACUAAAUCAUAUUAUAUUUGUCCCAAUUCGUUUUAAUAUACAUAAUGACUUAAUCCUAGGUUGGAAGACUGUUGGUCAUGAUCUUUCUGCACAUCGUUUGUCUGUUACGUCCGUAUGCUUUAUAUAGAGUUAAUAAUAGCCAUAUAUCAACCUUUCUUUUUCCAUUUGCUCUGUUUUGCAUCCAGUGUGCGACUGCCUUAUGUGCAUAUUCUGCCCAGUGUAUUAAAUGUACGUCCUUGAAAGCACGCCCCUUGCGCAAGCACAUGUUAAAUAAUAAAUAUUUAAGAAAUAGAUAAAUAAUGGACCUCUAUUUAAACAUGUGCUUGCGUGAGGGUCAUUAACGUAGUGACAUCAACGUGAUGACGCAAGCAACUAUGAAGAUCGACAAUAUUAAUUCUGUAUAUUACCAAAGACCAAAGAUAAUUACCACCAUGAUAAGAUAGAUACUUUAUGCAAUUUAUUUAAUCCUGCGCUUAUCGCAAGCCACUUUAGCAUUUAAAACUUUGGUUUGACUAUCCAUAAAUAGAUAGAUAAAUAUAAUUUAAUAUAGGAACAAUUGUAUUUUGAUGAGUCAUAAUUGUAAUUCAACUAGUCACAAUGACAAUAAGAAAUAUCUGCAAUUGUAAUUGUACUUGUAAGAAAUUUGAUAAGAGAUAUCUCUAAAUACUUUGUGACUAGUCAAAACUCCAUUUAAGAUAUCUGUAAUUAAGUUGGCUUGAGAAACUUCUUAUAAUUAUUCUUCUGAGACUAAAAUUUCCAUUCUAACUCCUCCUGGGAACUUUAACUCGACAGACUCCAAACUCAGCCCAGAUCUUCAGACUGAUCUGAAGUUAGCUGCUAUAUCUUUUCUAACUGAUUGGAUUUAUGGUUUUCGUAAAAAUGAAUAUUAAAUAUCUAAAAAAUCCCAUAGACUUUCAUUCAUGGAAUGUGCAGAUGAGCCAAGCUCCAAAGCCCAUUAGACUCAAUCAAGCUCUAUCUAUCUAUCUAUCUAUCUAUCUAUCUAUCUAUCUAUCUAUCUAUCUAUCUAUCUAUCUAUCUAUCUAUCUAUCUAUCCUAGCAAAAUGGUAAUGAUGUUACAAAUAUGCUAGUCACAUGCUAA